CUGUGUCACGACUCUUCCCAUGCCUCCCUAAAAUCCAAAGAAUUUUGUGAAGGAAGAAUGGUGGGACAGCCCUAUGGAGUGCCAAGGGGCGACUGGUGGCAGCAGCUGCGGGGCAGGCAGUUGGCUGGCCAACGGGCAGUUGGCAGAUUUGUGGUUGGCCAACGGAGCGUGGUUGGCCAGCGGGCGUGGUUGGCCAGCGGGCGUGGUUGGCCAGCGGGCGUGGUUGGCCUACGGGUACGGUUGGCCUACGGAUACGGUUGGCCUACGGAGCUGGUUGGCCAACGAAAAUUCCAGGGGAGUCUGGUUGGCCUACGAAAAUUCCAGAAGGCACCAGAACGGGCCAGUAGCGCCCAGAAUUGGCCAGAGACAGCCAGAACAGCCCAGAAUUGGCCAGAAUUGCCCAGAAGCUUCCAGAAUCUGGUUGGCCAGCAGAUUCAACCCAGCAAGUGGGUCCCACAGGCAACUCAGCCACCAUGUCCAGAAUUCUCUACAGGGUGUGAAAUUACCAAAAAGUCCCUGAAAGUUCUAGAGAGGCAAUCUUAGCCACACAUUGGAGAAUGCAUCUCCACCACACAUUAAGGAGGUGGGAUGCCUAUAAAUAGCCACUUAGGGAGUUCAUUUGUACAUAGAA